AUGCGUCAAAAAAUUUCACCGGAAUGUCUUGAAGCGAUCUUUAGAUUACUUCCAACUAACAAAGAUUUGCAUUCUUGCCUUUUAGUUAGUAAAUAUUGGGCUACUUGUGUCGCUCCAAUUUUAUGGGAAGCUCCCUUCAGAAUUAGUGACAGUUUUACUCCAUCUCCUAAAGUUAUUCAAACUUAUCUUGCAUUUAUACCAGGACCAGAUGGGAUUUUUCGUAAAUCACCAUUGUUUGACUAUCCAUUAUUUCUUAAAGAGUUCUCAUAUGAUCGAUUUGUUAUUGCAGCUAUAGCGAAUGGUUGUAGUGAAGAUAUUAUAAUUAAAUUAUUGAGAAUAUUAUCUACCCGAAAUACGAAAUUACGUAGAUUUCAAAUAUUUGACCAUCUAUUUAGUGAAUAUCUCGAAAAUAAUGAUGAAAUAGCAUCUUCGAUCCUUCCCUCUCUUUCUGAAUGUACAUCUAUAUUUAAUAAUCUGACUUAUUUUAAUUGUAGUUAUCAAUGGCCGGUGGAAAAAGUUGACCUUUUUAAUUUAAUAUCAAAUGAGUGUCAAUCUAUUGAAAAAAUUAAGGUUAGUGUCUGGUAUGAGGAUGAAGGAAUAGCAUUAGCGGAUCUUAUCCGUUCUCAAAAACAUUUAAAAAAGUUCUCCCUGAUAAACAGCAAUAUUUUUGCGUCAUUUCCCAUACAAGCUCUUGUGGACCAAAAAAGGCUAAACAGUGUGACAUUUGAAGACAUGCAUGAAAAUCAAGACUUAUGUGAUAAGGAAUUUUUUAAUUAUACAAUUUGUGAAUUAAAUGAAGAUGCUAUCAAUGCACUUGUUCAACGUUCAAAUAUCAGCAAAUUGAAAUUUAAGCAUUGUGAAGGACUCAACUCGCCUUUAUUUCUUCCUAUUGCUGAUGCUUUUACAAAUCUGAUAUCUUUAGAAUAUUCGUACGGUAAUUAUAGUAUUAAUGAUAGUGAAACUCCUAUAAAGUUAUUAUCUGGUCUUAUUGAAGGAAGCUGCAACACACUCAAAAGAAUCUUGCUCGAUUGGCACUCCGAUAACAAUAUUGAUGUCACUCAACUCAUCAAAGCUAUUGCGGAUCAUGCGAUAAACCUUGAACAUUUGAAAAUCCCACUUUAUUCAUUAGAAGAUCUAGCUCUAAUUCUACAAGCUCAUAAUCAAUUAAAGAAACUUGAACUUUACAUUAUGAAUAAAA